CCGGUCUUAAGUCGAGAAAUGAAUUUUUUUCAUAACUUUUUCACAGUCAGUGUCAUCUCCAAUUGUUCCACAUGAGAUACACGUCAAGAAGAAAUUGUUCUCCGGAUUUUUCAGAGUUUUUUUCUGCUAUAGGACAUUCUACUGAAGACCUUAAUAUUAUAUGGAAUUUUUUCCAAUACUACCUAUGUUGUUCCCCAGCCCUUACAUCGUGUCAUUUAUCAAAAACUUGACUGCUUUUCGGACUUUUAGGGAUUUUUUCUAAUAGAGAUCAUCAUAAUGAGCGAAAGAUAUUUACAGUGCGUAGAGUUAUUUUGACGGAGUUUAAAUCCGGUAUUUCAUCAAUAUACGUAAUUUUUUUAAAAUAAAUUUUCUUUUGUUUCUUAUAAAUACAAUAUUCCUUAUCUUGAUGUCAAAUCAUAAAUAUUUAUCGAUUCACUACUAAGUGAUUUUGAAAUUACCAUGUUUCCAAAUUAUCAUCGUUAUUCUCAUUAGUCUUACUAUCUUUCGAAUUGAAUUCUAAGAUACCUCCGCUCUAAUGCCAUACUAUGAUGCCAUCUCUGUUUCCCAGUCAUGCUCUAACUAUUUAAAAGUCCCUUAAUACAAAAUUGAAGUUCAGUCAUUGCUUUCUCAAGUCAUUCAACUCACAUAUUUAUAAAAUAGUGCGGAAAUAAUAAUGGAGAGUCACACGUUCUUAUUGGCCUUAAUAUUGAUAAUUGUCCCGUUUGCCAGCGCAAUAAAAAUUUCCGAAGAUCCUACUGAUGACCGGCGCACAAAUUACAAGUGUCUAGAAAAUUCAGUGGUAGUUGAAUUCCAACAAAAAGCUCCGUUCGAGGUUACUUUUUCUACACUAUAUGCAUCUGAAGAUGACGAGGAUUCAGGUUGUUCGAGAACGUUUUCACAACACGAACCAGCAGUAAAAGAACUCAAAUUCAAACCAUGUGGAUUAGGAUCUCGAAAAUUUCGUGUGUACAUAGAAGAAAAAUAUAAAGAUUUAGUUAUUGAACAUCGGGUCAAUAUUGAAUGUCCUGAUUACUAUAGUCCUUAUCAAACCGUGAAAAGGUGGUUUGAUCGUUUAUUUUUUUAAUUUUUUUAAAUAUUAUAUUAAUAGGUAAUAAUAGAACUAAUUUCUGAUCAUU